AUGAGCGUUCCCCCGCCUGGUGCCCAUUUGCACGUCCGGCCCGGCGGUAAAGACGAGGGUAAAGACGGCUCUGGGGGCGCCCUGCGGCUCGGGCUGGACGGCCGGGGACCCUGGAGACCCCCGAGACCCCCGAGACCCGGGAGACCCCGGGACCCCCGACACCCUCGAGACCCCGAGACCCCCGAGACCUCGGAGACUCCCGAGACCUUGGGAGACCUCGGGGCCCCGGAGACCUCGGGAGACCCCGGAGACCUCGGGAGACCCCCGAGACCUUGGGAGACCCCGAGACCCCGGAGACCUCGGGAGACCCCCGAGACCCCGGAGAUCCCCGAGACCUCGGAGACCCCGACUUCCGAGACCCCGGAGACCCCCGAGACCCCGGAGACCCCUGAGACCCCGAGACUCCGGAGACCCCGAGACUCCCGAAACCUCGGGAGACCCCGAGACCUCGGGACCCUGGAGACCUCGGGAGACCCCCGAGACCCCGGAGACCCUGGGAGACUUACGGGACCCCGGAAACCCCGGGACCCCGGAGACCCCCGAGACCCCGGGACCCUGGAGACCCCCGAGACCCCGGGAGACCCCUGA